CCGCCCCAGCUUCACGCGAGAUUUCGUAGGGCAGACCUCGCGAGGCUUUGCGGCGGGGCCGCGAUUGGCCGACUGGCUGUGAAUGUAAGAUGGCGCCCAGGGAGCUGUGAGGCGAAAAUAAUCUACCCGAGAAAGGAAAAAAACAAAAGCCCAGGAAGCCGCCAAGACGGGAGAAGGCUGCGGGGUGCAGAGCCGGGGCCGCCGGGCGUGAGGAGGAGGCGGCGGUGGUACGGAGAGCGGACCGGGGAUACGCAGCUGCCUCCGGACAACGAGCGGGCGGGGAGGACCUAAGUGUGAGCUAUGAAUAAUUCCCUGGAUAACAUCAUUUCAUUUGAAGAAUAUGUCCGCAUGAAGGCCCGGACGGUCCCACAACACAGGAUGAAAGAGUUCCUGGACUCCCUGGCUGCAAAAGGGCCAGACGCUCUGCAAGAAUUCCAUCAGCCUCAGACUACCAUGGUGUAUCAGCAGGGAGGCAACUGCAUUUACACAGACAGCACCGAGGCGGCAGGAUCACUGCUGGAACUGGCUUGUCCUGUCACUACGAGUGUCCAACAGCAGAGCCAAGCCGAGCAGCAAAUCCAAGCACAGGCUCAGCAGGUGCAGAUUCAUGAAGCUCUCAUCAGGCCCUGGACACUGCACCCCGCCCCUCAUCUGAAUCGAAUCAACCUCUCCCCCGAGGGGUCGCAGGACUCUGGUAUUUCAGAAGAUUUGUUGGUACAGCAAUCCCCUCAGCAGCUCUCGCCGCAGCUCAAUGUCCAUCAAUCUAACGAUCAGCCAAUCCAAGUGCAAGUCCAGAUCCAGGGCACGGCUCAGUCUCAGGCACAGCAGGGGGCUCAGACAAUACAGACUCAGUCCCUUCAAACCUCCAGUCCAUCCCAGCAGUUGUCAAACUCCCAGUUACAGGUGGGCCAGAUCCAGGUGCAGCAUGUUCAGCCUGGCCAGCAGAUGCAGCCUUCUGACAUUCAGGAUGACCACAUACAGCACCAGCAGAUCCAGGCACAGCUGGUGGCGGGACAGUCUGUCGGCAGUGGCAUUCAUAUACAGACGGUUGGAGCUCUUUCUCCAUCUCAACAGGGUUCUCCGAGAGAAGGAGAGCGACGGUCUAACACAUCCAGCGUGCUUCAGCCAGUUAAGAAACGUAAAGUGGACAUGCCCAUUACUUUGUCUUAUGCAAUUUCAGGACAGCCCGUCGCCGCUGUGCUCGCAAUCCCACAAGGCCAACAACAGAGUUACGUGUCUUUGAGGCCAGACUUGCUGACAGUGGACAGCGCCCAUCUUUACGGUGCCACAGGCACUAUUACAAGUCCGACAGGAGAGACUUGGACCAUCCCGGUUUAUUCGGCAAACACCCGCAGUGAUUUGCAGCAACAGAACAUAACUCACAUCGCCAUCCCCCCCGAGGCCUACAAUGCCGUCCACGUAACAGGCUCCCCCACCACAGUGGCCGCUGUAAAGUUGGAGGAUGACAAGGACAAAAUGGCCAAAAACGCUCACGAGGAAGUGGUUCAGACUCUGGCAAACUCCCUAUUUCCAGCUCAGUUUAUGAAUGGGAAUAUUCACAUUCCGGUGGCAGUACAGGCUGUGGCAGGGGCCUAUCAGAAUACAGGACAGACUGUCCACAUAUGGGACCCUCAGCAGCAAACGCUACAUGAACAGCUUCAGCAACAGACUCAACAGCACCACUCGCUACAGAGUCAACCUGUACAAGUUGCAGAGGAACCGCCUCCACAGCCUUCCCCAGAGCUAAUGUUACCAAACACCUUGAAGCCAGAAGAGGGACUGGAAGUCUGGAAGAACUGGGCACAGACUAAGAACGCAGAGCUGGAGAAAGACUCACGGAACCGAUUAGCACCCAUAGGAAGGCGUCAGCUGCUGAGGUUUCAGGAGGACCUCAUCUCUUCAGCAGUAGCAGAGCUGAAUUAUGGUCUGUGUCUUAUGACAAAAGAAUCUCGUAAUGCGGAAGGAGAGCCCUAUGACCCCGAUGUACUAUAUUAUAUUUUGCUAUGUAUCCAGAAGUACCUGUGUGAGAACGGGAGAGUGGACGACAUAUUUUCAGAUCCCUACUACCUUAAAUUUACAGAAUUUCUCCACCAAGUUAUCAAGACAUUUCAGCCUCGAGUCACUCCACUCGGUUAUGUAAUCCCCAGCCAUGUGACAGAAGAAAUGCUGUGGGAGUGCAAGCAGCUGGGUGCCCACUCUCCUGCCACCUUGCUGACUACACUCAUGUUCUUCAACACAAAGUACUUUUUGUUGAAAACCGUUGAUCAGCACAUGAGAUUGGCUUUCUCCAAAGUUCUAAGACAGACGAAAAAGAAUCCUUCCAACCCGAAAGAUAAGAGUACGAGCAUCCGAUACCUGAAGGCCCUCGGAUUUCACCAGGCGGGGCAACAGAAAGGUUUUCCAAUAACAGACGACAUGUAUGCAGAGCAAACUGAGAACCCGGAAAAUCCCUUGAGAUGCCCCAUUAAACUUUACGAUUUCUACCUCUUCAAAUGCCCGCAGAGCGUGAAAGGUCGAAAUGACACUUUUUACCUGACGCCAGAGCCCGUGGUCGCCCCGAACAGUCCGAUCUGGUACUCCACCCAGCCAAUCAGCAGAGAGCAGAUGGAGCAGAUGCUGACUCGAAUACUGAUUGUCCGAGAAAUUCAGGAAGCCAUUGCGGUCGCCAACAGCAACAACAUGCACUAAAAAUAAAAACCGAUUCCAAUAGUGGAGGGAAUGUGACAUUACAAAAUAAACGUGUACAGACUUUUACACUAAGAGAAGAUGCCUACAUUUUUUUUUAUUAUUAUAAUUAUUGGUGUAGUUAUGGAGCCCUUUUAGGCUUCUUCUGUUAAAAAGAAAAUAAAGUAUAAAGAAAAAACAUACAAAUGUGCAUCUUAA